AUGUUCGGGCCGUUCAGAAUCACAAGUGCCCUGAGUGGCGGUCUUCUAUGGAAGAUACCAUGGCGCCUGUCUCCGACCCAGAAGGCCCGGCAACGGAGGAGGUUACGGGCGGUCGACACGGUCGUUGAGGUGCUGAGCAAUUCGCUGGCCAAGACGGGCCAGAAGUGUACGGCCGUCGAGCGGUGGAAGGCCGAGAUGCCCACCGAAGCCGAAAUGCUCCCUCGCGACAAGUACACUAUGUUCGACCGCAAGGCUAAGCGGUACCGCAAGGGAAUUCACAAGCUGCCCAAGUGGACUCGUGUCAGCCAGAGACUCAACCCUCCCGGUUUCUAA